AUGGCAAAGCAAACAACAAUCAAUUAUACCAGCGCCCACAGCACGGACAUUCAGAAUCCUCGGCUGAGGAUUCUCAACAAACUCAAGAAUGGAGAAGUUCCUAUGUUGACGUUCAUGGCUCUGCCAUCUGUACGGAUGGCACAGAUUGUCGCCCUGACCGGAGUCGACGGCAUUGUCAUUGAUUGCGAGCAUGGCAACAUUGGGGACGAUGCCAUGCACAAUGCUGUCGCGGCCAUCUCAGCUCUAGGAGUGUCGCCCAUCAUUCGUAUUCGCGGUCCUGCCCACGACAUCAUCAAACGUGCUCUUGACACGGGUGCGCACGGAAUCAUGGUCCCUCAGAUCAAUACCCCGGACGAAGCCCGACAGGUGGUGGAAUCAAGCAAGUUUCCGCCUCAGGGCAUGCGCGGUCAGGGCUCAGCUUUCCCGGCGAUCGCCCACGGCCUGAGUACUGCCGAGUACAUGAAGUCCGCCAACGAGACCAUCCUAACCAUGGUUCAGAUCGAAACAUGCGCCGGCGUUGAGAAUGUCGACAGCAUAGCCGCCGUGCCGGGUGUGGACUUGGUCUUUGUCGGGCCCAACGACCUCGCGCAAUCCCUCCUCGGAUACGUGCCUGCGCGAGGCGAUGAGGCAGAGUUCAACAACGCCAUCGACAAAAUCAUUGCGGCAGGCCGCGCACACGGCAAGUGGGUUGGACGUAUGGUGAACGAUGGUGUGCUCGCAAAGGAAGCCAAAAAGAGGUAUGAUUUGGUCGCCAUAACGGGGGAUACAAAGGCAAUCCAGAAUUGGUACGUAGCUGAGCUCAAGAUUGCUCGGUCCUGA